AUGGUCGGCCAUGCGCUGGCCAAGCUCCUCGGAAUCAAGCUCCAAGACCCACGCCAAGACGCCGGAGACCUUGUUACUAGAGGCGAGUCCGUCCUCUCGGCAGGCAGCCGCGACAGCUUUGUCGAAGGUCCUCCGACCACCUCCGAGUGGCUCAACGCCCAGAUCCCUUCGCCCGGCGCCGCCGCCCGAUAUGCCAAGUCCCUUUUUCCUUUUCUCCCCUGGAUUCGCCACUACAACCUCCAGUGGCUUGCCGGCGAUGUCGUCGCGGGAAUGACCAUUGGUGCCGUCGUCGUCCCUCAGGGCAUGGCCUACGCAUCCCUGGCCAAGCUCGAGCCUCAGUUUGGCCUGUACUCGUCCUUCAUGGGUGUCAUCCUCUAUUGGAUAUUCGGCACUUCCAAGGACAUCUCCAUAGGGCCCGUUGCCGUCUUGUCUACCGUUGUCGGCUCCGUCGUUGACGACGUCACCUCGCGUCCCGACGCCAAGGAUAUCCCGCCUCAUGUCAUUGCCUCGGCCCUAUCCGUUAUUGCCGGUUGUGUUGUGCUCGCCAUCGGUCUUCUCCGCUGCGGCUGGAUCGUCGAUCUCAUCUCCAUCACCUCCUUGUCUGCCUUCAUGACGGGCUCCGCCAUCACAAUCGCCGUCAGUCAACUCCCGGCCCUCCUCGGUGUCACCGGCUUCUCCAACCGGGAUCCGCCCUACAAGGUCGUCAUCAACACGCUCAAGCACCUGCCCCACGCCAGGCUCGAUGCUGUCAUGGGCCUCACCGCCCUCUUUGCCCUCUAUCUCGUGCGGUACGGUCUAGCCAAGGCAGCGGAGAGGUAUCCCAGGCAGAGGCGCGCUAUUUUCUUUGUCAACACCAUGCGCACCGUCGUCGUCAUAGUGCUCUAUACCUUGGUCAGCUGGCUGGUCAACAUGCACAGAAGAGACAACCCGGCAUUCCGUCUUCUGGGAACCGUGCCAAAGGGCUUUCGCCACGCCGGCGUUCCCCAGUUGCAGAGCAAUGUUGUUUCCCACUUUGGCUCCCACCUUCCGGCAACUGUUAUUGUGAUGCUGGUCGAGCACAUUGCCAUUUCCAAGUCGUUUGGCAGAGUAAAUGACUAUAGCAUUGACCCUUCCCAGGAAAUGGUAGCCAUCGGCGUCACCAACAUGUUGGGCCCGUUUCUCGGCGCCUAUCCGUCGACCGGGUCCUUUAGCCGGACGGCCGUAAACUCCAAGGCGGGCGUGCGAACACCGGCCGGGGGUCUAGUGUCCGGUCUUGUCGUUCUUCUGGCCACGUACCUCCUCACCGCCGUCUUCUUCUAUAUCCCGAACGCCACACUCUCGGCCGUCAUCAUUCACGCCGUCGGUGAUCUGAUAACCCCGCCAAACACAGUCUACCAGUUCUGGAGAGUCUCUCCGCUAGAAGUCUUUGUCUUCUUUGUCGUCGGCAUAUCGGCCGCCAUUCUCAUUUAUCGGAUUCUAAAGGCGCGCGGACGAUUCCUUGGAAAAGUUCGGGUGCACUCUGUUCUAGGAGACCAUGUCAUCGGCGACGACCCAAAGAAGCCCGUCGGCGAAUACGGAACGUUUGAGGAGCCGGUGAAUAACGCGGCGCGAAACGUCUUCUUGCCACUUGACCAUGAAGACGGUUCCAACCCCGAGGUUGAAGUUGAUAAUCCAUAUCCCGGCAUAUUUAUAUAUCGAUUCUUUGAGGGGUUCAACUAUCCCAACGCAAACUUCUCGCUCGACUACUUGACAGAUUUCAUCAUCGCGCGCACUUGCCGCACAAGCCCAGAGAGGUUUGAACGGGCAGGGGACAGGCCCUGGAACAACCCUGGGCCUCGCAAGACGUCAAAAUCUCGGGCAGACUCUGACGUCAACGACCGGCCGACGCUCAAGGCCAUUAUCCUGGACUUUAGCUCCGUCAACAACGUCGACAUUACGUCAGUGCAGCGUCUAAUCGAUGUACGGAAUCAGCUCGACCAGUACGCGUCGCCAGACGUUGUGGAUUGGCACAUAGCUUGCAUAAACAACCGGUGGACGAAACGGGCCCUCGUUGCGGGAGGCUUCGGCGUGCCCACCGGGGUAGGGGACGGGACUCAGCACCGGUGGAAGUCGAUUUUCAGCGUAGCGGAGAUUGGGGGACGGGACUCUGCGGCGGCUGUGGCAGAGGAAAACGCCAACGCGCGACAGCUCAGCGGCCCGCCGCAGUGGACUGACGACGAGCAAAUGGGCAAAGAGGGCGAGUGGACGGAUUUUGCAGCCGUCCACGGCCUGGAUAUGCCCCUGUUUCAUGUGGACCUGACGAGCGCCGUGCAGAGCGCCAUUGCGAAUGUCGAGGCGAGGCACGAGUUUCGGGAAGCCCUGGAAGCCGAGGUCGUCAUGCCCUGGGGCAUCCAGCGCCUCAAUGCAAGGAAAUCACAGCCAAACCCGAAUAUUGUCUUCAUCAAGCCACUGGCGGGACCGAGCGAAAAUGUUGCGCAAGGGUUUUUGGAACGGAUCGCAGCACAAUGUGUCCCCGUCAUGCGCAAGCACCAGCUCUACGUCAUGUCGCUCGAGGAGUACGAACCCAACCACGAAUUCGUUGGCCGCAACUUCAACGCCGGCGAGGUGAUCCAGCUCGUCCUCAAAUCCCCCCAUACCGGGCACUGGCUACCUUUUGAGUACGUCCAGAUGGUCAUGAUGCACGAGCUAGCGCAUUGCAAGCAGAUGAACCACUCGCGCGCCUUCUGGGCCGUCCGCAACGGCUAUGCGGCGGAGAUGCACAAGCUCUGGACCGAGGGCUACGCGGGCGAAGGCAUCUGGGGCCGGGGAGCGAACCUGAGGACAGGCGAGUGGGAGAGGGAUACGAUCAAGGCAGACGAGGUGCUGCCCGAGCACCUAUGCGGCGGCACGUUUAGGACGAGGGGGAGGAAGAGGAAGAGGAAGCCGGUAUUGACGUAUCAGGAGAGGAAAGAAAGGAGGAUACGCAAAAGAUUCGGCGAAAGCGGAGUGGCUCUGGGCGCAGACGAAGAGACGAAGGUCAAGCUGGAGCAAGGCAAGAGGACCAAGGCCAAGCCGAGAGUCGCCAACAGUGACCGAGGCCGGCAACUACGCGCAGCCGCGGCGCUGGCACGCUUUGAGAAGCCCAAAGAAGAGACAGCCAGCAUUAUCAAAGACGACGACGACACUGGGAGCGACAGCGAGGAUGGGGACGAAAACGCCCAAGAUGUCGACUCCAAAGACGCCGUUGAUGUCGACGGACGCCCCCUGGUGGACAGCAAGGGCAGGGGAAUGGUCAGGGUGUGUGAGGACGAGGACACCAACGAUGUCGAUGCCCGAGGCGAGCUCGACGAGCUGAGGGACGUCUUUCGAAAAGGCAGGAUAAAGAGGGAGUCGCCAGGAGCAGUGCGGCGGUCCAAGGGGGUGGUCGAGGACAGCAACGACGCUCGUGGCAGACAAGGUCGACGGAACAGGCUGGUCGAGUCGAAGCCAAGACCACGGACAGGGGUCAAGAGCGAGGCUACCGAGGACUCGGUAGAAGUGUUGGAUGCCGCUCCCGCAGCCCCACCGGAUGCUCGGACUCGAGCCAAGACGAGCCAAAGGCCGAGCCCGACAGUCGAGGGUCGCGGAGACACGACGACAUGCCCUGCGUGCUCGUUUGUCAACGUCGGGCCGGCUGCCACGUGCGGAGUGUGCGCCAACGUGCUGGAUACGACCAAGACGGGUGGGACAUGGCGAUGCGGCAACACGGCGUGUACGAGCAGCUCGUACGCUAAUUCUGGCGACUGCGGGGUGUGCGGGCUAUGCGGACAGAGGCGCGGGGAGGGGAUACGGGCAAAACGCUGA